ACUCUUAGUCAGUCUACGGUGGUGAACUUGAAUGCACUUCACCCGCGAUUCCGUCUCUCAUUUUACGUUGUAAUCUCAUUCAAACAUUUUGAAUCAUGGAUUACAAACAAGAAGACUCCGAAAAGGGUGUCUACCACAAAUUGAGCCUCAUGGAGAGCGAAUACUUCAAGAAACAACCGAAUGUGAAGCCAAUUAGUGCAUUUAGGCGAAUUUUGCCACAAGUGUUUGCCAGCGCGGCACAAAAUUUACUUAUUCUGGAUUUGGCAAUGGCAAUGAACUUUCCCACAAUUGCGAUUCCGGCAUUGCGAGGCAUUCGGAACAGAGAUAUCGACGAGGUUAUUACCUUUACGGAGACGCAUGCAUCGUGGUUUGCAAGCAUGGCCUUUAUUUGUCAACCGAUUGGGAGUAUCUUAUCAGGGGUGAUUGUGGAAAAGUUGGGUCGAAAACGUGCAAUGAUCGUUGUUAAUUUGCCACAUAUUGCUGCUUGGUUGAUGCUUUAUUUUGCGCAGAGCAUUGAAAUGGUGUUUGUUGCUAAUUUACUGCUGGGACUUGGAGUUGGAUUUAUGGAAGCUCCUGUUAUCACUUAUGUUGGAGAGAUAUCUGAGCCCUCAAUUCGUGGAAUUUUGAUUUCAAUGGCGCAAAUCGGUUAUGCGCUCGGCUGUUUUAUUCUUUACCUCAUCGGAGCUUCCACCAAUUGGCGCAAUACCGCCCUCCUCUGUUGCAUUGUUCCCGUUUUUACGAUGUUUGCCGUCAGCUUAGUGCCCGAGACUCCGUUGUGGCUCCUUUCGAAGGGCAGAAAAGCCGAAGCGCAAAAAUCGCUGCAAUGGCUCCGUGGCUGGGUGCCAAAGGAAAAUGUCGCACAAGAGUUUCACGACAUUCAACGGUACAACGAAGACUCGCACCGCUGUGUGGCCUGCCAAAAAACCGAACAAAAAUGCAAUCAUCCGAAACCAAGUCUGGGACAACGAUGGAAGGAACUGUUCCGCAAAAACACAAUGAAGCCAUUUUUCAUCAUUUUUUCGUGUUUUUUCUUCUCGUGCUUCACGACAGCAACCUCGAUGCGUCCUUAUUACAUUCAGAUAUUCGAAAAAUAUCAAAUCGAGCCGAACCAAAUGACGGUAUGGAUUGGCGUUGUGGGAGUUUUGGCGAAUUUGGGUUGUGCAGCUGGCGUAAAGUUAUUUGGGAAACGUACAACGACGAUUGUCUCGAUGGGAGGUAUCACUGUAUUGAGUAUCGGACUUGCAAUUCAUACGUGGAAAGAGCUGCCACGUGGAUUGACGUCAUUCGACAAACUUCCGAGUGAUCAAGAAUUUGGGGGAAGUGCUUCAAUUAUCGCCAUGGCACUGUUUUUGGGUCUUGCUUUCUGCACAAAUGUCGGAAUUAUCUCUGUACCGUGGAUCAUGGUAAGCGAAAUCUAUCCAAACAAAACACGUGGACUCGCUUCUGGACUGACGGCAGCUCUAAAUUACACAAUGUUCUUCAUUUCGAUCAAAACUUACUACGAUCUCGAGACCAGUAUUUCAUUAUUUGGCGCAAUUUGUCUCUACGGUGCCAUCGGAUUCCUUGGAACGAUAUUUAUUUACAUCUUUUUGCCGGAAACGGAGGGCAAGACCUUGGAAGAGAUCGAAGAACACUUUUCGGACAGCAAGAAAAAACUUUCAGAUCGAAAAAUUGUAUCACAAAAACUUUUAAACUAA